UGGAAAGCCAAGGGCGGCGGUGACUUCCUGUUUACAGCUUUAGCCCUUGACGGACUGUGGUAGCGAUGUUAAAAUCAUGUGUGCUCAGCGGCUGUAAGAAACUGGGCUCGUUGGUGCUCAGAAGGAGCGUUCUACCGGAACAAGCGGGUGUUUUCAGAAGCGUCUGUUCGAUCCCCAGAGGAGCGAGUCACGGCCCCUGUUCGCUUCGACGUCUCGCACCGAGUUCAGCCGCAUGUCAGCAGCGGCCCCAUGUCUUCACCGCCUGCCACCUAGAAACAAGAUGCUAUUCGGAGGUGAACAGAGAAAACAGUCAUUCAGAGAAGGACACCGGCGUUUCCUCAGAGGAAUCACACGAGAGGGACGGUGACGGAGCGCCGAGUCAACGGCCUGUAGAUGCCUUCACUAUUGAUGUGCUGGUGUCUCUGCUGCGUCAGGAAAAUGCAGUGGAUAUGUGUGUGAUCAAAGUUCCCGACCAGAUCAAAUACACCGAGUACUUCAUCGUCGCCAGUGGAAUAUCACCGAGGCAUCUCCGCGCAAUGGCACUCUAUGCUAUCAAAGUGUACAAGUUUCUGAAGAAAGAUGGAGAUCGAAAUGUGAAGAUAGAAGGGAAACAUUCAGAGGACUGGAUGUGUAUUGACUUUGGUAAUAUCGUUGUUCACUUGAUGCUGCCAGAGAUCAGAGACGUGUAUGAACUGGAGAAACUCUGGACUCUCCGCAACUAUGAUGAACAGCUGAGGAACAUCCCUCCUGACAAGCUGCCAGAAGACUUCAUAUAUGAUGUUGACAUCACAAAGUGACAAAUCAUUUAAGUUAUUCUCAGACUAUUUUGACACUUGAAUUAACUUUGGACAAUGCAACUCACAUUUUGCACUCAGAAUUUACAUUUAUUCAUCUCUUAUUCAUCAGUUUCCCUGUAUGAAUUAUUGCCCUAUGAAUUUGAUUAGUUGUAUACUAUUUUUCAUGUUAUCUUACCUUUACAGGGCAUCAUCUGGUAUUUGUAAAUUAUGUUUCAUGUUUUUUUAGUCUGCAAGAGAAAAAAAAUGGUCCAACAUAUUUUGAUGGUUAAAAAUAAAUAAUUUUUGUACCAUA